CCCCUCCACAUCUCAACACAACCACAGCUGCCAGAACAACCCCUUCUUUAUAAUGUCCCAUCCCGCAAACUUCGCUCCCUACCAGCCACCCCCACCCGACCCGCGCCCCCUCCCCUCCCCUUCCUCGCCGCUGCCGUCCUCAUCCCGCCCAAAAACAACAAUCCCAAGCUACCAGCAAAGUACCCCAUCUCGCAGUCCCACAUACCCUCACCAGGGGCAUGGCGGUGGGGGCAGUAGUAGUAGUAGUGGCGGUGGUGGGGGAGGAGCAGGAUCCUCGUAUGCACCGGUGGGGAGUGGCAUUGGAGGUGGGGGUGGGGCGGAGGAGAGGGUGAAUAAGUAUGAGACGAGUCUGGGCGCUAGGGUGGAUAUUGAGGCGGCUGGCGCGUAUGUCUUGGGUGUUAUUUCAGGUAUGUUCGCAAUAAGUGGAGGCAGACGUGCACGAAGCGAGCGAGCCAUCAAGCGGAACGAGGGUGGUUGUUUGCGGCGGGCGGCGAGCGAGGCCUUGGUUCCAUUACUGCGGUGAGCGUAGUGAUCUAGGCGAGAGUCACAUUGCGCCAAAGGCGCAAUACUCCCUUAACCACGGCUCUUAGCGAGCCUCAGCAAGCGUCAGAUCUUUUACGAGCGGAGCGAGCAACCGCCCAAAGCGCAAGACUCCCCUCACAUCGUUCUUAGCCAACCCUCCUCCUAAUCCUCGAACAAAAGAACGACUACGUGCGUUUCCACGCCUGGCAGUCCG